CCACAACGACUCUGACGGGACCAGCAAGCACAACCUAACUGUAUUAUCAAAACAGACAUCCUCACCCGUCGGGAGCUAAGAAAUCACAAUCGAAAAUGGACUUGCUAGGCGAGUACGAUUCGAAUUCUGAAGACGAAAAUGCAACCGGCAAGACCACUGCGACGCAGCAAAAAGCCCAGCGUGCCGACCGUCGGUUUUUGCGGGCAGCUCCGUCGAUUUCGAUCAUGACCCGGCGAAAACACGGGCACGAACUGAUCGUCCACAACGAUCCCAGCAACCGGGACGUCUUGAUCACCGAACCAGUCCAGGGACCGCAGGUCGAAGAUCCAAGCAGAGCACAGAAGAAUCAAUUGGCGCGGUUCGACCUGGAGAAGAAUGCCGUUAUCGACGAGGCGUCCUUUGCAAAACAAAGAAAGCAAUUUCAGCGAACGGGACAGGCACUGGGUCCMGACGAGAAAACAACGGUGGUGCGAACCACGCUGGGGUAUAAUUCCGAUCGAUUGCGGCUGUUCGAGGAACAAGAACGCGAACGACAAAAACGGCAGCGGGAGCUCUACGGCAGCGACGACGACACCGGUGGCGGCAACGGGGAGGGGAAGAAGAAAAGCAAAAAGAAAGCAAAAGAACCUCUUGUGUACGGCUCCGAUGAUGAGGCUGUUUACGGGGUGUGGGCGCCUCCCUCAAAAGAAGAGCGGUGGCACGCGGACAAUGCACUCACCGAUAUCCAGAARGGCGGCAUCGAAUCGCUGGCACCCGAGCAGAUCAGCGAGCGCGAAUACAUCAAGGAACGAGACCGAUUGCURGGAGAGAAGGAAGAAGAAAGGGAGGAAAUAUCCGGCUUUGAACGGCUCAUGGAACGAAAAAUGGCGCACCUCUUGCCGCCGAAAACCGCCGGAGACGAUCGUCCGAUGGAACCCACGAAAACAACGUUUCACGGCGAGUCCGAGACCGAUUACAAGGGGCGGUCGUGGAUGGCCCCGCCCACGGGGAUGGCAUCGAUCCUGUCCUUGUCGCGGACCGUCGAGGAAGAAAUGGACGACCACAAGUGUUUCGUUCCGAAGAAGUGCGUCCAUCGCUAUACGGGGCACAACAAGGGCGUUCAGAGGAUACGGCUGUUUCCAAAGACGGGCCACCUGUUGCUGAGCGCCGGCCUCGACGGGAAGUGCAAGGUGUGGUCCGUUGGGGAACCGGGCCAGAGGCGGGUUCUCAGAACCUACGAGGGCCACAAGGCGGCGGUCCGGGACGUUCAGUUCAACCACGACGGGAGCAGGUUUGUCUCGGCCUCCUUCGAUCGGUUCUUGCGGCUCUGGGACACGGAGAGCGGAAGAGUCCUCCAGACCUUUGGCAACAAGAAGGUUCCGUACUGUGUGGAAUUCUAUCCGAAGGACGACAAUUUUUUCGUAGUGGGAACGAGCGACAACAAGAUCGUAACCUACGAUUGCACGACCGCGGAGAUCACCCAGGAAUACAACCACCACCUGGCACCCGUGAACGCCGUUGCCUUUGUGGAGGAGGACAACGGUAACGUCAAGAUGAUAUCCUCCAGCGACGACAAAAAGGUGCUGGUAUGGGAAUGGGACAUYGGAGUCCCGAUCAAGUACGUUUCGGAUCCCACCAUGCAUUCCAUGCCGUGUCUGGUCCUGCAUCCCUCGCACCAGUACCUCGUCGGACAAUCCCUCGACAACAACAUAGUUUGCUUCCAGGUGGGCCAAAAGUUCAAGCUGUCCAAGAAGAAGAAGUUCAGCGGGCACCAGGUCGCYGGCUACGCGUGCGAGCCCUCGUUCAGUCCCGACGGCCGGUUCCUCGUGAGCGGCGACGGGAAGGGGAAGAUGUUCGUUUGGGACUGGAAGAUGCAGAAAAUCCUGCAGAAAUUCCGGGCCCACGAAAGUGGACCGACCAUUGCCUGCGUGUGGCACCCGAUCAAUCCCUCGAUGGUGUUUACGUGCGGAUGGGACGGCGUCAUCAAGAUGUGGCAGUAAAAAGCCGGCGUUCUUGGUUCGAAAAACCCCACUGGUUGGCCCGUGCCUGCGGCUGGUUCACGGGGGGAGAAGAUUCGACAAUAAAACACUUCGUAAUCA